AUGGCUAAUGAAAGCGCCCCAGCUGAAGGCCACACCGUGACUCUGUCCAUUACCCGGGAACAAGCUCUCGCCCGAGUAGGCGAGGUCAUCAGACAGCUACGAGAUGCAUCAGUCGGCCGAAAGUCAUUCAAGCCUCAGAUGGAACGCUUGAUGGAUUUCCAUACCUUUUCGGAACGUAUCCAGAGAUUUGAAGGUGUCCUGAACGAGGAUAUCAGCCAGAUCUCCUGGAAACACCAGCUCCCGGGUGAGCCAAUUGACAAACAAGACGAAGGCCUUGCUGCAUCCCCCAUGAAAGUUCUCGCCGACAUUCUCUACCAACUCAAAGGAACCGAUGAGCAACUCAAAGGAACCCAGGCGCAGCUCAGAGGAACCCAGGCGCAGCUCAGAGGAACCCAGGAGCAACUCAAAGAAACCUUGGUUCAUGCUGACAGGGAAAAGCUCAAGUUCCAGAAGAGUGCCCCGCAGGAGAUCGUCGAUGACUUCAAGACGAUUUACGCUCAGUAUGGCAUGGCAAUUCCCCGCGAACUCCUCAACAUUGCUGGCUACAUCCUCACCCCGGACCAACACAAACAGGCCCUGGCUGCCCGGGACACGGAAAUCAUGGCAGAUGCCUAG